UUACUACUAAGUUAGUCAAAAAUCAAACCUAUCAUUAAACCCCACUACUAUCCCUGCUUUAAAAUCUCAUCAACAGCCCCUUCCCCCUCUCUCUGGUCGGGAAAAGAAAGCAAAAGAAGGGCAGGGGAGAGAUUUUCUGUCAAAUUCUCAGAUCUCUCUCUGUCAGAGUUCGAGACCUUUAAUCGCUUUAUCAAAUAACCAAAAUGGGCCAGAAAUCGUUGAUCUACUCAUUCGUUUCCCGUGGAAAUGUGAUUCUUGCUGAGUACACAGAAUUCAGUGGCAAUUUCAAUUCCAUAGCGUUUCAGUGCCUGCAGAAGCUCCCUGGCACCAACAAUAAAUUCACUUACAACUGCGAUGCCCACACCUUUAAUUACCUCGUUGACAAUGGCUAUACUUAUUGCGUAGUUGCAGAUGAAUCAGCAGGAAGACAAGUUCCUAUGGCUUUUCUGGAGCGUGUCAGGGAAGACUUCAUGACAAAAUAUGGCAGUGGAAAAGCUUCCACUGCUCCAGCCAAAAGCCUUGACAAGGAAUUUGGGCCAAAGCUAAAGGAAAAUAUGCAAUAUUGUGCUGAUCAUCCUGAAGAGAUAAGCAAGCUUGCAAAAGUGCAAGCUCAGGUUUCAGAAGUUAAAGGGGUCAUGAUGGAGAAUAUCGAAAAGGUUUUAGAUAGAGGGGAGAAAAUUGAACUUCUGGUGGAUAAGACUCAGAACCUUCAUCAACAGGCACAAGACUUUCGAAGCACAGGGACAAAGAUUCGUAGGAAAAUGUGGCUGCAGAAUAUGAAGAUCAAGCUGAUUGUUUUGGGUAUACUGAUUGCGUUAAUCCUCAUCAUAGUCCUAUCUGUUUGCAAAGGUUUCAACUGUGGAAAAUGAGUCUGACCUCCAAAGGCUUUAUAUAUUAUCGGAGCUUUUGCGAGUUAUAAGAGAAGUAUUAAAUAUACUACCAGGACUUUGUAUGUAUGUAUCAGCAAACAACAAUUUCUUCAUAUUUUUGUAGAACGAAGUUACUUUUGCAUGUGAAAGAACGAUAUGCUAUGGUCAUGUCAUUACAAUGUUUUUAA